UGACAUAAACUUAUUGUAACAAAUUUUUGAAUUUGUAGUUUUUCUCGAGCUAUACAUUUAAAAUUAAAUACCAUAGGCACAAUACAACCUAAAAUUGUUUUUUCUUAAAAGUAUUUCUAUAUAAAUUUACAUUUAAUUUUAAUAAUUUUUAAAAUGCUGCGAUAGAAUUAUGGGGUGUUAUUUGGAUGAUGUUGGCACUUGGUCUUUUAUGCCAGUCUAAUUUUUAAUGAAAUUUAGGUAAAUUCGAUCUCUUGUUGACUGAGCAAUACUUUGAGCAAGCGUGUUCCUUAUUAAAAUCCAAUUUGUAGUCAUAGGCGAUUGCGUAUUACAUACAUAUUUUUUAAUUUAAAAUACAAUUUUUACCUAUAUAAUAAGUCAAUUUUAUUUAGCAAUAGUUAUUAGAAUGGAAAAUUUUAUUGUUAGAAAUUAAAAAAAAAUAUAUAUAACAUGCUUGAUGUCAUUUGCUUAGAAAAUCACCAUAACGUUUUCAAAUAAGCAUUGUUUAUUGUUGAUUUUGUGCGUUUAAAUCAAAUGUUUUAUGUGUUUACGAAAAAAGUGCGAUGACGGGGUUUUUUAAAUGAAACUGUGUUAUUUACUAAAAACAUUUCUCCCUUUCGUCUGCUAACUAAAAACAGUAGUGCAGAUUUGUUUACAUAACAUCUAGUUUGAGGAAAUCUUCCCUCUCGACUGAAUUUGUAUAUAUACUAAGUCUUAAUGGCAUACGGUUUAGUAUUAGCUAAUUUUAGCUUAAAUCAGCAUAAUUGUCAACUGCUAUAGUCAACUACAAACAAUAUGGUGUCAUCAUCACUCGUAUUAGUUAUUGUCGUAGGACUAUUUUCCUUUUGUCUGGCGGGAGAACACAAAUCAACACGAAAGAUAAACGAUAUUUUGUCCCGUAACUCCGGUACAUUGCCUCAAAAUAAACCUAACCAAACCCUACCUACUUCUAAGGUACCUGUUGUGACCCCUUGUACUUGUGGUGUAUUUCUUAGUAGUCAAUUCACUAAAGGUAGUGGAAAACAACCCAAUGGAUAUGCCACAUUAAUGCAUGAACAAGACGAACCUGCAACGUGUAAUGCUUUGGGUAUCAAGACUUGUACUAAUAAAUGCUUAGACAUUAUUGCCAAAUAUUUACCCAACAGUCCAGCUAUAAUUUGUGGUUCGGUUGACCGUGACGUAUAUAAAGAGCGAGCCCAUCUUUUUGUCAAAAAUUGUAACGACUUUUGGGUAAAUACCAAUCUUUCAGCUGGAAGAGAAUACUGUUGUAAGGAUGGACAUCAUUACAAAUGUCCGUUAAUUUAAGUAAAUUGAUCACAUAUUGUAAUAAAGUUUUUGUAUAUUUUUUCUACAUUUAUUGUUUUUUUUUAUACUUUUUUACGUUUUUUAAAAAAAAUAUAUUUGAUUGAAAAUUUAA